AUGAAAGUUAUUAUAUCAUUAUUAUUAUUUAUUUUAGAAACAGUUAACUCAGAAUGCGCUUAUUUCCAAAAUAGAACACAAGCUUUAUCACCUAAUAGUGAUGUAGUUUUUUAUUUUUCUUUAAGUGUAAAUAAAACAAUUCAAAAACAUGGUAGAAUUGAUGUAGUUGUAAAUAACAGUGUAUAUGGUUUAUUUGGGGGUGUUGAAGAGUUAUCAGCAGAAGAUAUUCAAAAGAUUAUGCAAUCAAUUUAUUUGGUUACAAGUUUUGCAAGUGGUAAUUUUACAGGAGCCAAAAAUUUAAUCCAAGAAUAUAACACAAACCAACUCAUUGAAAUGAUUAAAAAAUUCUUGUCACUCUCCAAAGGGCAUCCAGUUAAAGUUACUCAAGCAAUAUAUAAUCUUUAUCAAUUUACUUCAGCAGCAAAUCACCGGUAUCAUUAG